AUGUCAGGAAGUUCUUCAUCAUUCGCCAUGUGUACUUCUCUUACUAGGUACGAUGUGUUUCUGAAUUUCAGAGGAGAUGACACGCGUGACAACUUCAUUAGUCACCUUUACGCAGCAUUGCAAAGGAAGCACGUUGAAGGAUAUAUUGAUUACAGGCUACUCAGGGGAGAAGAAAUUUCACCUGCACUGCAAACUGCAAUAGAAGAAUCAAAGAUAUAUGUCCUGGUUUUCUCUGAAAACUAUGCAUCUUCGACGUGGUGCUUGAAUGAACUGACUAAAAUACUGGAUUGCAAGAAGAAAUAUGGAAGGGAUGUGAUACCCGUUUUCUACAAGGUUGAUCCAUCAACUGUCAGAAAACAGGAAAAGAGAUACAAAGAAGCAUUUGAAGAGCAUGAACUACGGUUUAGGGAAAACAUGAACAAAGUCCAAGGAUGGAAGGAUGCUCUAACGGAAGCUGCUGGACUCUCCGGCUGGGAUUCAAACGUCACCAGGCCAGAAUACAAACUUGUUGAAGAAAUUGUGGAAGAUAUUUUAAGAAAACUAAAUCGGUAUUCCAUCAGUUAUGAUAAAAAAAUCAUCGGUAUUGAAAAACACAUAGAAGGAAUUCAGUCCUUGUUGCAUUUAGAGUCACCAGAUGUUAGGAUCAUAGGAAUUUGUGGCAUGGGAGGAAUAGGAAAAACUACGAUUUCUGAGCAAUUAUAUCACACAUUGGCAAUGCAAUUUGAUUCCCAUAGUCUUAUUUUAGAUGUUCAAGAAAAACUACAAAAAGAGGGAAUAUAUAAUAUCAUAAACAAAUAUAAGUCUGAGCUUCUAAAGGAAACAUCAUCCACUCAUUUAUCAUAUUACAAUGGAAGACUCAAACGAACAAAGGUCCUCCUCAUUCUUGAUGAUGUGACAGAUUCAACUCAACUUAACAAAUUAAUGGGAGAACGUGAUAGCUUUGGGCAAGGCAGUAGAAUCAUUAUGACCAGUAGAGAUAGACAAGUGCUUAAGAAUGCUGGGGCUGAUGAUAUCUACGAACUUAAGGAGUUGAAUUUUCAUGAUUCUCUAAAACUUUUUAACUUACAUGCUUUUANACAAAAUUCUUCANAAGAAAUUACUUNCAUGGACUUGUCAGUAAAGGUGUUGCGAUAUGCAANAGGNGUUCCNUUAGUUCUCCAAAUUUUGGGUUCAUUGUUAUAUGGCAGACAAAGAGAAGCAUGGGAAAGUCAGUUGCAAAACUUGGAGAAGUGUCAAGAUCAUAAUAUUUUCAAUGUAUUAAAAUUAAGUUACGAUGGGCUCCGUGAGGAGGAGAAGAAUAUAUUUCUUGACAUUGCUUGCUUUUAUAGAGGACACGGGGAAAUUGUAGUAGCAGAAACACUAGAUGAUUGUGGUUUCUCUUCUAAGAUCGGAAUGGAUGUUCUCAAAGAUAAAUGCCUCAUAUCUAUUUCGGAUGGUAGAAUUGUGAUGCACGAUCUAAUACAAGAAAUUGUUCGUAAAGAGUGUCCCGAGCAUCCUGGAAAACGUAGCAGAUUGUUCAAGGCUGAAGAAAUUCGUGAUGUCUUAAGAAAGAACAAGGUACAUUUUAUCAUUACUCAAUUGAACAAGGGUCAGAUGAUGCUUAUGAUCUUUCCUUAUUGUUGGGGUCAAAUCAUAUCAAACGUGGUUCGUGAAUCAUCUCUAGUAAGUUUGCCACACACUUUGAAGAUUCUUUGUUGGAAUAAUUUCCCUCAAAGAUCCUUGCCAUCAAAUCUUUGCCUACAAAAUCUAGUGAGACUUGAAAUGCCAAAGUGCCGUCUUGAACAACUUUGGGAAAGAGAUCAGUAUUUACCCAAGUUGAAAAGGCUCAACCUGAGUUAUUCUCCAAAACUUACUAGAAUACCAGACCUUUCUCUUUCACCAAAUAUUAAAGAAAUAAUUCUGAGUCAUUGUGAAAGGUUGAUUCAAGUUCACUCUUCCAGAUUCCUCAGCAAGCUCAGUUGUUUAUUGUUAGAUGGUUGUUAUGGUCUGAAGAGUGUAACAAUUCCCAGCAAUAUUCUAACCAGAUCACCAGGAUUGAUUCUACUUUCCGAUUGUCACGAGCUUGAAAUGUUUCAAACAUAUGAAACUCAACCGUGGCCUUUUACAUUAUUAUCAUCAAUGUGGGAAAGAGACAACCCUAGAUAUGGUCGUUAUAUACCUUUCACAAGACUCGAUCCUAGUGAAAUCUUCUCAAUUACCUUUGAUAGAUACGAGGAGGAAGAAAAAGAAGUGAUUAAUAAUCAUAUAUACUUACAAUGUGAUGAAGUGCUGACGAAACUAAGAGAAGGUGUACCCUUAAACUUUCAAAGUCUGAAGAAAUUCUGUUUCUUAGAUGUGUCUUACUGUUCUUCCCUUUCAACCUUUCCAUGUGACCUUUCUGAGACGAAAUUCCUGAAGCAACUUUGUCUCCGUGGUUGCUCAAAAUUGGAAAAUUUCCCCGAAAUUGAGGACACGGUGGAAGGUCUAGCGGUUCUCAUCUUAGACNNCACAGCCAUACAGGCACUACCUUCAUCCUUGUGGCGUUUGGUAGGGCUUGAACAACUGAGUUUGCGAGGUUGCAAGAAUCUUGAGAUUAUUCCAUCUUCCAUUGGAAGCCUCACCAGACUAUGCAAGUUAGACCUUACCUCNUGUCAAUCACUUCAAACUUUUCCAAACACCAUUUUCAAAUUGAAGUUGAGGAUACUUGAUUUNUGUGGGUGUUUAAGGUUGAGCACCUUCCCAGAGAUCACGGAGCAGGCACAAACUUUUUCUCACAUCAACUUAAAAGAAACNGCUAUCAAAGAACUGCCUUCCUCAUUUGGCAAUUUGGUUAAUCUUCGAUCCCUGCAGCUCAACNAAUGCACUGAUCUCGAAUCACUCCCAAACUCUAUUGUUAAUCUAAAGCGUCUCUGUAAACUUGAUUGUUCGGGUUGUGCCAAAUUAACAGAAAUCCCAACACACAUUGGUCGUUUGUCUUCAUUAAUGGAAAUGUCACUGAGAAAGAGUGGAAUAGUGAACCUUCCCGAAAGCAUGGCUCAUCUUUCAAGCUUGAAAUCGCUUGAUUUAAGCGAUUGCAAAAAGCUUGAAUGCAUCCCACCUAUUCCACCAUUUCUAAAACAACUCGUAGCAUUGGAUUGUCCAUCCAUUAGAAGAGUGAUGCCAAAUUCUCUUGUUCGAAACCUCUCAGAGUCGAAGGAGGGUGUCUUCAAAUUUCAUUUCACCAACACCCAACAACUGGAUUCAGGUGCUCGUGCUAACAUUGAGGAGGAUGCAAGGCUCAGAAUGACCGACGAUGCAUAUAGGUCUGUAUUCUUCUGUUUUCCAGGGACUGCAGUUCCUCAUUGGUUCCCUUUUCGUGGUAAUGGACCUUCAGUGAGUAUAAAUGAAGAUUUAAGUUUCUGCAGCGACGACAGGCUCAUUGGUUUCGCUUUGUGUGUUGUUUUUGAACUGUUAGAUACGAAUGAUAUUGAAGGUAGAUACGGUUCUUUUAGUUACAACUUAAAAUUUGAAUGUGAUGAUGAUGGUACACAGAUUAUUCCAAAUAAUGAUGUGCUAAACAGCUAUUUCGAAUGGAUUCAUAAAGACAGACUUCUUGAUCAAAAUCACACAUUCGUGUGGAAAUUUAACUUGGAGCCCCUAAGGACGAGUGGCAUGAACCUUAGGCUCUGUGAUGCU